AUGCGAAUCGCCCAAAUGGCUGCCCAUCUGUCGAAUGGCUCGGCCUCGAAUGGCACAUCCGACACAAGGACUUCUCUCGCAGACCUCCCAAAGUCAUGGACGUUCACCUCCUUAUUACCUCCCGACUCGAGAUUCCCUACUCCCGCAGCGUCUCACAAGACUCCUCGAGAAGACAUAGAACCUCGGCAGGUUAAAAGCGCACUGUUUACAUGGGUUAGACCAGAGGAGGCAAAAGAGCCGGAGCUGUUAAGCGUAAGUCCCGCAGCCAUAAAGGAUCUAGGCAUAAAAGUAGGCGAAGAGAAGACCGAGGAGUUCAAGCAGACCGUUGCAGGCAACAGAUUGCUAGGAUGGGAUGUCGAGAAAGAGGAAGGUGGAUAUCCCUGGGCGCAAUGUUACGGUGGGUGGCAAUUUGGGUCAUGGGCGGGUCAAUUGGGUGAUGGUCGAGCUAUUUCGUUAUUCGAAACUACGAAUUCGAGCACGAAGACGAGAUAUGAAUUACAGUUGAAAGGGGCGGGGAUUACACCCUAUUCAAGGUUCGCAGACGGGAAGGCGGUAUUGAGAUCCAGUAUCAGAGAAUAUAUUGUCUCAGAAGCAUUGAAUGCUCUGCGGAUACCUACGACGAGAGCUCUGUCUCUGACACUUUUACCAUAUUCGAAAGUUCGACGAGAGAUCCUCGAACCUGGUGCCAUUGUGGCAAGGUUUGCUCAAUCUUGGUUGCGAAUAGGAACAUUUGAUAUCCUCAGAGCGCGAGGUGAUCGAGACUUGAUUCGACAAUUAUCCACAUACAUCGCUGAGAACGUUUUUGAUGGCUGGGAAUCACUUCCCGCCAGGAACUCCAAUGAAGACGAUAAUCUUGGUGGCCCAGUGGGCACUGGCGUUGGAAAGAACAUUAUUGAAGGACCAGCAGGCCAGGAAGAGAACCGCUUCACCCGUUUAUACCGCGAAAUUGUACGCCGCAAUGCCAAAACGGUAGCAGCAUGGCAAGCAUAUGCAUUUACAAAUGGUGUCCUAAACACCGACAACACUUCUGUCUUUGGCCUAUCCAUCGACUUCGGCCCCUUCGCCUUCCUCGACAACUUCGAUCCUAACUACACACCAAAUCAUGAUGACCACAUGCUACGAUACUCCUACCGCAAUCAGCCAACAAUAAUUUGGUGGAAUCUCGUCCGUCUUGGCGAGUCGCUGGGAGAGCUUAUCGGCAGCGGUGAAAAUAUCGAUUCCGAGGAGUUUGUCGAGAAAGGCGUCAGGCAAGAAGAUGCAGAUGAGCUUGUUUCCCGUGCCGAAGCCUUGAUCACUCGAGCUGGUGACGAAUAUAAGGCCGUGUUCUUGGAAGAAUACAAACGCCUCAUGACGGCGCGACUUGGGUUGAAAACACACAAAGAGUCUGAUUUUGAGACACUCUUCAGUGAGCUUCUUGAUACAAUGGAAAGCUUGGAGUUGGACUUCAACCAGUUCUUCAGGAAGCUAAGUAACCUUAAAGUUGGAGAUUUAGAAACGGAAGAGCAGAGGAAGGAGGUAGCUGGCGUCUUUUUCCAUCACGAAGGUGUAACAGGUAUUGGAAACACAGAAGAAUCUGCGCGCAAACGAAUCGCGGAAUGGCUCGAGAAGUGGAGUACGAGAGUUUAUGAAGAUUGGGGACCGAAUGGCGACGACGAGACGAGGCAAGUGGAGAUGAUGAAAGUAAACCCAAAAUUCAUCCCAAAGUCCUGGAUUUUGGAUGAGCUUAUCAAGAGGGUUGAGAAGGGCGGCGAGAGGGAGAUUCUGGAUAGAGUGAUGCAUAUGGCGCUGCAUCCUUUCGAGGAGAGCUGGGGUUGGGAUAAAAAGGAAGAGGAGAGGUUUUGCGGUGAUGUGCCGAAGUUUGAUAGGGCCAUGCAGUGUUCUUGCAGCUCUUAG